AUGUCGGUGUUCGCGAUGUACGUGCGGCAGGACGAGUUUCGUUCGAACGUCUCCGAGUCGUUGCUCGGCGCCACCUGCGAUACCCCGCUUUUGGAAUCCUUCGCGCUCUGGAUCGGGGGGCCGGGGGAAGACGCGGACGACGAGGAACUAGACGGUGCUGCUCUCGACCUCUUUGGUGGCAAGGCCCCCCCGCGCCUCGCUAAACUCGCUAUCGGCGGCUGGAAACUCAGCUGGGACUCACCCGCCUUUGGGAAUCUUACAAGCCUCCGUGUCGCCAGCCCCAACCGGUGCGGGAGCCAGUGCUUCGUGGAUGCGCUAUCGCGGAUGUCUUCGUUGGAAGAGCUCUUUCUGACGCGAUGCGUACCACUGAACUUCGGGCUUGAUCAUGAAGAUAUCGCGAUGACGAUCGACUUCCCCCGCUUGUCUACUCUCAGCUUCGAUGACCAUAUGAGCCUAUGCACCGCGCUCCUGCGACGCGUGAGGUUCCACUGCCUUGCGCACCUGGUCGUGAUCGCCGAAUCGUGCGAGCGCGAAGGAAACGAGGAAUACGCAUACGCUGCGCUGUUCGACGUCUGCAGGUCGCACCUCGAGCUCUACUUCUUCACGUAUCCUGCAUGCCAUCUCGCUGUCGAGAGCACGCUGUACUCCAUGCAGGCCGCGGCUCUCUCUAUGUCCGACGAACGAACUGGGCAGUUGGAAGACGUGCUGUUGCUGUCUAUCGCUCUUGAGGGACCGAUGCACGGCAGGGCGCUCGUUGACGCCGAAUUGCUCGCCUGGUCUUUCAACGUGAUCCCAGGCCGCGAAGUGCGAUCCCUGCAGUGUCGCCUCCCCCAUCACCAUCAGCUUCACCCCCGCUUUUGGACGCAGACGGUGUCUGCUGCGUUUCCCCGUUUAGAGGGUUUGUUCGUGGACGAGAAGACGUUGCGCGGCGUCAUGGGCGCGUUGGUCCAGGAGACUCCGGCGGCGGGGCGCAUCGCCCAAAUCCAAAUGCAAGAGGACGGAGUAUACGUAUCUCCACAGGAACUGUCGUUCCCUAAUCUAAGGCAUUUGAUCGCCCCGAUGACAGCACCCCUGCCCCCCAUCUAUACUGCCGUCCUGAAUCACCGACAAAUAUCGGGACUCCCCAUUUGGCUGACAAGGCCCAUGCAAUAG